AUGAUAUGUAAUGAUAAAGUUAUUGUAUAUACCGAGAAGCAUAACAGUGUAUACCCUGUUGAUAAUAGUAUGAAUCAUACUGGAUAUUAUGAAUACUUACUUACACCGAAUACAACAUAUAUUCAUACAAUCCUUUCACCAAAAAACCAAUGUAAUUCAUUAUCAUAUAAUAAUGAAACAAAUAUUCUACUAUUUAUUAAAUCAACAAUUGAUCAGUUUGAAUUACGCCAAUCAUUACGUAAUACAUGGGCUAAUUAUAAAUGUUAUAUAAAAUAUGGUAUUAGAGCAUAUAUUUACUUUACUCUUGGUAGACAGAAUAUAUCAGCAUGGAAUACAUCAUCAUUAAUACAAUCUAGAAUAUUUUAUGAACAUAAAAUAUAUCAAGAUAUUCUACAAUUUGAUUUUAUUGAAAGUUAUUAUAAUGUAACACGAAAAUUGAUUGGAACCAUUGAAUACGCUACUUUACAUUGUUUUAAUGCAAAGUUUAUUUUAUUAAUUGAUCAAGAUUUUAUUGUUAAUCCAAUGAAUUUAGCAAAAUAUCUUUCAAAUAUUAAUACUAUUGAAUAUACUAGAUAUGUUGGAGGUUAUAUAAUUCAACAUGCUGUACCAUUUCGAAAUGAAAAUAGUAAAUGGUUUAUUUCGAAUAGAAAUUUCCCAUUCAAUUCAUAUCCAAGUUAUCCUAUUGGUGGAACAAUAAUUUUUAGUCGACCAGUUGUUAUUACCUUGAAUAAGAUAUUACGUCAUAUGAAAUUAUUCCCCUUUGAUGAUGUAUUAAUUGGUAUUAUUUUAGAAAAACUUCAAAUUCCAAUUGUUCAUAUAAAAAUAUUUUCUUUGAAAAAUAUAUUUCAAAUGUUAGACAACAGUUUAUUACUUUACACACUUAUGAUAAUGCGAAUAUUCUGUUUAAUAUAUGGAAAUCUUUACGAUUCUAUGAUAUGUGUAUAUAAUAUAAGAUGA